AUGACCCGGCACUUGAGCUUUGAGAACGCCGAGAUCUUCAACAUGUUAGAGGGCAAAAUGGGCGCGCGCCUUCAUCAGCUGGACACGAUCAUUCGAGACGCGCUCCAGCCGAUCAAGGAAGGCGAGCAGAUACAAAUCUGCCGCGAAGAGGGCAAGGAGGCGGCUGCCGCUGUGGAGUUUAAACACGCGCGUCUUCUGCCUUUCGGUCAAGACACUACUGCUAGUACGAUCUGGGAGAUCAUCGAGCUUGGUGGCUUGGUUACCAACCAGCACUUCCAGGUGACGAAGCAGUCUCCCGACGUGGUGGGAAUGGCGUCUCGCUUUACAGUUCCGCUGGACAGAGCCAGCAGCAGCACAGUGAGCGUCGAUGUACACGCCGUUGCCAAACGUUUCCGCGCUCCGAGUGGUAUGGUCGUGUUGGUGGAGUCUCACUCCGAGUGGUCAAUGAACCAUCCGACAGCUCCUACUUGGAAACAAACGACGGAGGAGGCAGGAUACGCUCCCACGACGUUUACAGGUUGUGUCGGCGACAUUGUCAUCCCGUCAUUUCGCGAGAUUUUGAGCUCGCACCACCAGUCCGUAGAGAAUUUCCUGCUAGACUCGUCUCGAUCCAUUAGAAGUUAG